AGCCGUUUAUUUCCUGUAAACACACAGGCGCGCGGGGAUGAGUCUCCAGCAGCGGCCGAUACCCGUGACAAGCUCCCGGCCGCGGAGCUGCGCGGAGGGAGCGGCGCGGCCUCCCCGGGGGCGGCUCCGCCCCGCGGGCCCCGCUCUGCCCGCGCCGCGCUCCGGGCUCGGGCCGGGCCCGGCCGCGCCGCCGAACGGGCACAGCCCCGCGGCCGGGCACAGCCCCGCUCCCGGCCGCCGCCUCACGGCCGCAGGCGCUGCCUCCCGCGGCCCGGCCCGGCCCGGUGCCCUGCGCUGGCUCCGCGGGGAGCGCUCCGCUCCGCGCCGCGCGGCCAUGGAGGCCCCGAGGCCGCCGCCUACCUGCGCCGCCGGCUCCGGCCCUCCGCUCCGCGGCCCGCCCGCACGGAACUCACAGGUGGAAAGAGUCAAGUGAUCUGCUGGAAUUACACUGAGAGAAGAGAGAUGGGGGAGAUCCUGUGCUGAGAAGGGCAGAGGAACUUCAUAAACAGAAGGUUAGUCUGGCUUCCAGCAGAGGCAGAAGUGAAUAACAAGCCAAUCAACAUGCAAAAUAUUGAACAGAGCAGCUCAGCACACAGCCAUCAGCCAAACGUGAGAUGAGCCUGUGGCUGCAGACAGGACGCAGAACUCAGGAUAUGUUGGGCAUGACUAAGAACAGAGGCCCAGCCAUGAACCACAUAGCUGGGAGUUUCACCAAAGCAUGCUGUUCCUAUUUAGUGGCCUGGGAGCCUCUCCUCCAUCUGCCUGCAAUGCUGGGUCUUGCUUGCACAAGACAUCACCAUUACAGGGAUCCAUUAAAAGAAAACUGGAAGAUGAUAGCUCUCCUGCCUCCAGUGGCGUGCCUGAUGUCACUUUCCCAAACGACAGUAAAAGACUUUGUCUUGAUGAUGUAAACCUUGCCAUGGGCCAAGGUGCCAAUCCCAGCCUGGCCUGUCCAGAAAUGCAGAGUUCUCCAUUCCCCACUGGUCACAGCACCUCUUCCCUGGGAGUCACAGGGCACCCAGUGCUCCUUGAGAACAAUCACAUGAAUGGGGGUGGCAUUGGCUCCCCGUUCUCAGUGCCAGCCAGCACAGAAAUAAACCAGAAGGGGUCAAUAGGAGGGCAAACCAACAACAUUGUCCAUUAUGACGAGAAAGGAAACAGCUUACAGUCUGUGGACCAGGAGCUGCAAGAUCUAUUGGAAGAGCUGACCAAAAUGCCUGAUCCUUCUCCCAAUGACCUGGAUCUGGAGAAGAUUUUGUGCAGCAAGGCUGAAGAUCCACUUGGUCUGAGUCAUUCUCAGCCGAACCUAAAUACCACUCCAAAGUCCUCCCCGCAGACUUCCCACUUGGAGAACCAUGUUGCUAACAAAGAUUUUUCUCCAGGCUGCAAUCCAACCAGUGGAGGAUCCCCUCAGAUGAGACCAUCAUCUGCUGGAGCUAACUUCCAAGUUCCUCCCUCAAGCAAACCUGCUGCAUCACCCAUCUCUACAGCAGCUCAGAACAAAAACCAGCCACCACCGAUGCUCCCAGUACCCUUGCCCAACAUGCCUGGCUCCAACUGGCACGCUCAGCAGCUAAAGCAGCUGGCAGCCAGCAAGCAGGUGUCUGGUACCAAGCAACAAGUACAGACUCCCAGCUGGCCAACUAUGUCUCCUCCUGGUCUCUCUCCACCUUACAGGGCAGGAUCAUCCCCACACCAUCAACCUUUCAGUCCUCAAAAUGUUAUGGUGUCUGGCAUGCCUGCUAAUAAUUUACCAGGAAACAGCAUUCAGAGUCCUCAAAACACUCUGCUUUCAAGCAUGACUUCCAGCAGCACCCCAUCCAAUGGCCCCUCUCCCCCCUAUGGCUCUGAGAAGCUCUCCAGUCCAGCUCUGAGCCAGCAGCCCUUCAGCCCUCAGAGCUCCAUGCUGCCUGCUCUCACAGCAGCCAGCUUGCCAGCCAACAGCAUUAAAAGCCCACAGAGCAACUUGGUUGCCAGCAUGGCCUCCACAAAUACUGGACCUUCUCCACCGUACAGGCCAGAAAAGCUGUCAAGCCCUGCUCUGCAUCAGCAGCCCUUCAGUCCUCAAGGUACAUUAAUGUCUAACAUCACUCCCACCAGCAAUCCCACAAAUAUGCAGAACUCGCUUUUUAAAUCAAUGACUACAAACCAGACCAAAAAUAUGAACAUAAUUAUGCAACAGCCAUCCAGUAACUUACAGCCAGGUCUGGUGAAUGAGAGCCCUGUUAGCCAAGACCAGUUUUCUUUCAACAACACCAAACCACUGUCUCACUUUGCCUCAGAGUCAGCUACUCAAAAAAUGUCCCCUCUGACAGCAGGACAAGGACAGCAGUCCCUCAUUCACUAUCUCCAGCAGCAGCAGCAGCAGCAGCAGCAGCAGCAGUCUCCAGCCACGCAGCAGUCCCAGCAGAACAACAGCAGCCAGUUCCUCCAGCAGCAGUUCCGGCAGCUGAUGCAGCCACAUCGGAUGCAGAGACAGAUGCAGGCUGCCACACUGCCAUCUCAGAGCAGACAGGAUCAAACCCCUGGCAUCGUGGCCAGGCUGCAGGAGCCGGGCUCCAUCCCGAGCGGCGGCUCCGUGCCGGCACCGGCCACGGUCAAUGGCUACACGAUGAGGAACCAUCUACUGAAGCAGCAAAUCAUGAAACGGCAGCUGAUGCAGGAAAAGCAGAGACAAAACAUGCUGGGAGUAACAUCUGAACAGAGGAAUUUGUUUGCGGCUCAGCAGAUAAACCAGUUUCAAGCCGUGCAGCAGCCCAUUCCUGCUGACUGCAACCAGGUGAUUCCUGCUCCCCCGCCCAACCACCGCAUGCUGCCAUCAAACCCAGCCAUGCUGCAGAGCACCCUGGGCUCUGGCAUGGCCUCAGCCACCGCCAGCCAGAGCAGCGGGACGAUGGUGAUGAUUCCACACAACCCUGGCAAGCAGCAGGGGAUUUUUCCACCUAAUUCUGACUUUAACAUCCCGCUGCGGCCAAGCCAGAACUCACUAGGGAUGAACUCGGGGUGCCAGACUGUUCACAGCCACUCCACUGUGAGGCCGGGAAUGCCAAUGGGAGGCUUCAGUUCUGGCUCCUUAGCAAAUCACUCUGCAACACAGCAACACUUGAGGCAGCCGAGCAUGCCAAGAAUCCCCAACGUCUACCCCAACUCAUCAGCCCAGAUGUGGACGCCGACUACUGUGCCAAGAAUGCCAAAUCAGAGCCAAAUGGACACCAGCAUGCAGCAGUUUUCUGGGAACACGGUGUUCUCCAAACAGGGCGUGAGGCCGAGCACACCGGGCCAGGCGUUCUCCCAGCAGGCUGUGGUGCCACCAAACCAGAUCGCUCCUGGCAUCCAGGUCAGGCAGAUGCAGAAACUGAGCAUGGCACAGUCUGGCCAGGGCUUGAGCUCAAUGAGUAAUCAGAACUUGAGACACAAUUUAACCAGGGGACCGUUGCCAGCUAUGAAUGUUAUGAAAUCGUUGCCCCAGGGAGUGUCCAGUUUUAACCACCUCAAUGCUGCCCCGGGCCUCGGCCCGCCCAGCUACCCUUCCAGUGGGCAGCCCGAUGCCUUCAGCAGGAUGGGCAGCACUGCUGAGCUGCCCCAGUACGACUUCGUGUCCCAGCACAGCAAUUCCAUCAUGCCUGCCAACUGCAGCGACACCGACUUCCUCGACUCCCUCAUGAAGAACAGCAGCAGCAGCAACGACGAAGAGUGGUUGAACAAUCUGACAAUGAUAGAUGACAUUUUGGGACAGCAUGCUCAAAGCUCUGGACACGUUUAGCUCGGAGAGAAGCGGCCUCGUUGUAAAUAACACACGUAUGGCUUUGAACAGAACAGACAACCCGUGAAAGCCACUGCCUCGUUCAAUACAGAGGGAAUAGACUCAGCCAAUUCUUUGCCUGCAUCAAAGUUUAAUAUUGGCAGUUUUUCAGAUGACUGUAUAUAUUUGAAUAUUUUGUAAAUUAUGUUUUCCUAAACCUUAAAUGUAGAAGUAUUUAUACUUCUUUGCUGGACUCUUUGUAAAUAAAUCUAUAGCAUAACUUUUGGUUUUAUUAUAGGGAUUUCAUUAUACCUUGUUAUAAAUAUGCAAAUAAUAUUGUUAGUUUCAGUAAUACUGUGUAUUACAGCAUAAAAUACUUAUGUUUUUGACAUAACUUAACACAUGAUCUAGAGGUGUCAUUGCAACCAGACUAAGCAGAAAUCAAAUGUGGCAUUUAUUCUCCCGUAUCAAGAGGAAAGAUUGAAAAGUUGCAUUAAAAAGAUAAAUAAAAACCCUAAAAGGAGCUGCUGAUUCCUCGUUGCUUAGUCUUGCAGACCAAACGUGGUACACAGGUCCCAUCCAGGCACCCAGUGCAUUCAGGGAUCUGCUUGCAGAGAUCCAUUUGCCAGAUCCUGGGCGUGCUCUCAGCUUGACACGCUCCAGCAGGUCGCUGUGGCAGCGCUGUCCUGCAGGAGUGUGUGCUGGUGACCUUCAGUGCUGGUGGUGUGUGCCUGGCGUCGCCGGCUCCGCGUGGUGUGGCCCGAGGCGGCCGCACUGGACAGGAGGUGCUGGGCAGGCACUGCCCAGCUCCCAGCCACUGAACCCUUCAGCAAAAAGGUAGCUCUGGUUUGUGCACCUCUACCAUGUAUAUUUGUAGUGUACAGGUGAUUUGUUCCUGGUUUUAAGGCUUUUCAUAAUUUCUGUUUUAAUGUAAGACUUUUUUCAGGGGAAAAGUCUACAAACAUUAAUAGUUAAUUUUUGAUGUUUUUCUGUCAGCUACUAUUGUCCUCUGUAUAUUUAAGAGUCUGUUUAUAAAAGAUUCGCUGUACUGUAAACUUCUUAAAAUGUUCAUACUUUGUGUAAUCAUAUUUUAAUAGUCACGUCAUACUUCGCAAUACAUUUGUAAUAUAACGUCAGCUUCAAGCACAGAAUGUUUUUUUCUUCAUACCAUAAUAAACUGCCAGGGGAAAAUUGCA